AAUUUUUAGUUACAUCUCUAUAUAAUUAAACGAGCGAUAUGUAAAUUAAAUUUCUCUUUAACUUUUUUAUAGGAAUUACAAAUAUGAAAUUGGUUUUAACGCCUGAAGUAGAUAUGUUGACCGUGUCAAAAAGCUCUAUAAACCAGAGAAAACUCAUCUUGAACUUUGCGCCCAGAAUUGGUUUGACAAUGGUAAACUAUACUAAGUUGGAAAACAUCGAUUUUUUUUACCUAGAAUGCCAAAAUUUUCGAGACUAUAAUCGUGAUCCAUACGACAAACUCUCAAAACCUGAGGUAUUUAAGAAGCACUAUGGGAAAUGUGAACGAAAGCAAAUUGAUAGAAACUCUAUUUUAUUAAGUUUGCCGGUUACAUCGGUUCAAGAGAAACAGCCAGUAGUGUAUCCUAUAAAAUAUGGAGGCGACUUACAUUUAGAAGAAAAAAUUCGGUUGGGUGGACAAUAUGACCCCAAAUCUUGCAUAAAAUAUAAACGUUGACACUGUAGCCAAAUAAAAUAUAUUUGAAUGCCUAUAU